AUGAGUAUCCCUCAGCAGGAGGGAGUCGUGAGCCCUCAAACAGGACAGGAACCGGGCUUAGGCCAGGUUAUGCAGACCAUAGUAGGCCUUAUGCAAAUGCAACAGCAGGUGCAACAGCAGUUGCUCCAACAACAAGCGCAGUUGCUCCAGACACAGCCACAGCAAGGACGAGGGGAACAGUGUGAACAUCAUAGCAGCAUAGCUGAAUUUAAGAGGCUGGCUCCUCCAGCUUUUCAGAGGACUACAGAACCUUUGGAAGCAGACAAUUGGCUUACAGAGAUGGAAAAAGCAUUUGCUGUCUUAAGAUGCUGGGACGAUGAAAAACUUCUGUUUGCAUCAUACAUGUUGCAGGGAGAAGCAUUUAAUUGGUGGCAGAUGUUGGAGCAUAAAUUUGAGCAUGAUGGGGAACCUCUCACUUGGGAUAAAUUUCGAAAAGCAUUCUAUGAUAAAUAUUUUCCUCGGAGUGUAAGGACACAGAAAGAACAAGAAUUUAUCCAUUUGAAGCAAAGGGGCAUGACAGUGGCCGAAUAUGAAGCCAAAUUCACAGAACUAGCCAAAUUUGUUUCGAAAUUGGUAGAGGAUGAGCAAGACCGAGUGCACAAGUUUGAGAUGGGAUUGAAGACUGAAAUUAGGAAGCAAGUGGUACCCUAUGAGUUGACUACCUAUGCAGCUGUGGUCAAUAAAGCUUUAAUCAUUGAAAGGGAAGUCAACGAAGCUUUUGCUGAAAGGGAAAGAAACCAAAAGAAAAGAAACAGACCUGCUGAAUUUAAAGGGGGAAACAAGAAUUUCAAGAAUCCAGCUCAGAAGCCAAAUAAAGAUAGAAAUCUCAAAAAUAAGAGUGGGAAGUGUUCAAGAUGUGGCGGUAAUCAUGAAUUUGCAAAUUGUCCCUGGGUUACAGGUUCUUGUUUUCAUUACGGACAGAAAGGUCAUAAAAUUGCAGACUGCCCACAAAGAAACGAGAAUAAAUCUACGCAGGCAAUGGAAGGAAGCCAAAGGCCAAAGACUCAAGGAAGGGUAUUUGCACUUACACAGCAAGAUGUACAAGCUUCUAAUGCAGUGGUGACAGGUACUAUUCCUGUAUCUGAUAUUUAUGCUUAUGUCUUAUUUGAUCCUGGUGCCACACAUUCAUUUAUAUCCUCAAACUUUGUCAAAACACAUGACAUAUUGUGUGAAUCCAUGACCACUAAGUUCUAUGUGGAGACACCAAUAGGCGGUAUGUUGAGCACUGAUGUUAUAUGCAAGUCAUGUAAAAUUAAAAUAAUAGCUAGGGAGUUACCCGUGAAUCUGAUUGUACUUGAUAUGCGGGAUUUUGAUGUCAUUCUGGGGAUGAAUUGGCUUGCUACCUAUCAUGGCUCAGUAGACUGUUAUAGCAAGAGGGUAAACUUCCAAAUUCCGGGGGAAUCGGCAUUCAGUUUCUGUGGGAACCAGGAAACUGCUUUUCCUCAUAUUAUCUCGGCUUUGCAAGCUGGACGAAUGUUAAGGAAAGGAUGCACAGGUUAUCUGGCCUCAGUAAUUGAUAUACAACAAGAUGAACUAAAGAUAGAGGAUAUUCCUAUAGUGAAUGAAUUUUCGGACGUCUUUUCCGAGGAGUUAUCAGGAUUGCCACCGGACAGAGAAAUUGAAUUCACUAUUGAUCUUGUACCUGGUUCAGGUCCGAUUUCUAAAGCUCCUUAUCGAAUGGCCCCAGCUGAAUUAAAAGAAUUGAAAGACCAGUUGCAAGAUUUACUGGACAAGGGUUUUAUACGACCUAGUGUGUCACCUUGGGGAGCUCCAGUGCUCUUUGUGAAAAAGAAAUAUGGAAGCAUGAGACUCUGCAUUGACUAUACAGAAUUGAAUAAAGUCACUAUAAAGAACAAGUACCCUUUGCCUCGAAUAGAUGAUUUAUUUGACCAGCUGCAAGGUGCACAUGUUUUCUCUAAGAUUGAUCUCCGCACAGGAUAUCAUCAGCUAAAGAUCAAAGCGGAAGAUGUACCCAAGACUGCAUUCAGAACUCGUUAUGAACAUUAUGAAUUCUUGGUGAUGCCUUUUGGAUUGACGAAUGCCCCAGCAGCUUUUAUGGACUUAAUGAACAUAAUAUUUAAAUCCUUUCUAGAUCAAUUUGUGGUGGUGUUCAUUGAUGACAUUUUAAUUUAUUCAAAAGGGAAAGAAGAACAUGUGGAACAUUUACGAAGUGUACUUCAACUCUUAAGGAGGGAGAAGCUCUAUGCUAAAUUUAAGAAAUGUGAGUUUUGGUUGAAUGAGAUAUCGUUUUUGGGGCAUAUCAUAUCUGGAGAUGGGAUUUCUAUGGAUCCAGCAAAAGUGGAAGCUGUAGUGCAAUGGAACAGGCCAACUAAUGUUUCUGAGAUUCGCAGCUUUCUAGGAAUGGCAGGCUAUUACAGACGAUUUAUGGAAGGGUUUUCCUCUAUAGCUAUACCUUUGACUCGCUUAACUCAAAAAGGGGUUAAGUUUGAAUGGACUGAAGAUUGUGGACGAGGCUUUUAG